AUGGGACGGUGCCUCGCUAUGCCUGUGGCAGGGCCAUCGUUGGUGUUGGUAUUGGUGGUGGGCAGGAAGCGUAGGAGGUGGUGGGGGGACCGGUGCACACUUUACCGUGGCCCGUUGACAAGGAUGGUCAUGCGCCCCUCUUCCAUGGUGUUGGGUCGUGCGUUGCUGCCGACGCCCUUCUCUCAUCAGCCGGUGGCGCUCCCACUUGUUCCGUCACUGCGGCGCCUGCUGCGGGAGGUGCAGCCGCGAGAUGAGGGCAGCCGCGAGGAGGUGGUGACGGCGAUGCUGGAGAAACUCCCCGCCCAGUGUGAUAGAGUGAAGAAGGACAUGCUGCACGCACGCUAUGCGAGUAGGUACUACCGCAGUCGCUACGGAAGAGGGCUGGAGACGCGGCGAAAGCAACUAAAAAAACUGCUGGAGAUGUCGGACGAUGAGGUGAGGCUAUGGGCCCAGGCUCGAUGUAUCCCGGUGCGAGAUCCACUGUCGCCGCCAUGA